UUCCGACCGGCCCGUUUCCUGUGCUCUCUGCUAAGCCAGUGACUUGAAGCAGAUCUGCAGUAGGAUCCCUGUUUCCCUCCUCCAGGUGUUCCCUACUGGGCUUGUGCGUUGACACACAAAGUUCGCGCCGCUUCCGGUUCCGGUUGAGACUGUGGAAAAAUGGCGGCUGCCAUAGCGGCCUCGGUAUUGCCGGGCUUUUUCGGGCGGCUGGUGUCUGUGUGUAGGCGUAGCAUCUUGGCAUCCCAGGGACCCGGACCUGCCUCCCUCUGGUCUGCUUCUCGAAGGUUCAAUUCACAGAGUGCUUCAUAUCCACAAGGAUAUGUUCCUAAGACUUCCCUGAGUUCACCACCCUGGCAAGAAGUGGUUCUGCCGGACCCUGCUGAAGAGACUAGACACCAUGCAGAGGUUGUGAAGAAGGUGAAUGAGCUGAUCGCCGCGGGCCAGUACGGCCGGCUCUUUGCUGUGGUGCACUUUGCCAGCCACCAAUGGAAGGUGACCGCUGAGGACCUGAUUCUCAUUGAAAAUGAGCUGGACAUCAAGUGUGGAGAGAGGAUUCGGCUGGAGAAGGUCCUAUUGGUUGGGGCAGACAACUUCACACUCCUCGGCAAGCCACUCCUCGGAAAGGAUCUCGUACGAGUUGAAGCCACAGUCAUUGAAAAGACAGAAUCAUGGCCCAAAAUCAACAUGAAAUUUAGGAAAAGGAAAAACUUCAGGAAGAAAAAAAUCAUUGUGAACCCACAGACCAUCCUUCGGAUUAACACCAUUGAGAUUGCACCUCGUUUGCUGUGACCGCAGAACAGAUGUCUAAGAAGUUCUGAGAUGUCUAAUAAACUCAGGAGGCUGAGGCUGGAGGAUCACAAGUUCCAGGCCAGGUUGGGCUACACAGCAGGACCCUGACUGACAAUGAUAACGAAUAAAAUAUUUUGUAGGAGA